GCUGAAUUGAUGCUGUUGUCCCAUUUCCCAAAUGCCUAGGGCCCAGGCUACCACCGAAUAAAGUCACAGUAGUCAGUUUUCACUCUUCACUAGAGAAACUUAAAAGAAAAAGAAAAGAAAACAAAAAAAGAGGUUCCUUUUCGUUUCGUUCCCAAUACCCAAAUUCACCAUCGAUUGAUCACAACAAAGCUGCGAUUUUGUUAAUCUGCAGAAUUCACAUUGAUGGGUCCCUGUGAUUCUAAAGGAGAGGAAGGAAUAGCGAGUAGUAGUAAAGAUUAUUAUAAUAUUGUUAAUGGAUCAGGCGACAUGGAUACAGACAACAUUGAUCUGGACGAUGAGGAUGAUAUGGUGAACUUCAGGUCCAGGGAUGAGUUUAAAAAAUUGGAGAAAUUCUGCAAAGAUGCAUCAGUGGCAUUUUUCGAUCAAUAUGGUCUUAUCAGUCACCAGCUUAACUCGUACAAUGAAUUCAUUAAAUCUGGACUCCAAGAUGUCUUUGAUUCUGUGGGAACAAUUGAAGUUAACCCUGGAUAUGAUCCUUCGAUGAGGGGCGAUGUCACUGACUGGAGAUAUGCAUCGGUGAAGUUUGGCAAGGUGACUCUUGAAAAGCCAACAUUUUGGACUGGAGAUAAGUUUGUUGGGGAGGGUGGUAUAGACCAGCGGGAUUUGCAUCCUCGUCAUGCUCGCCUUCAGAAUAUGACUUAUGCAUCGAGGAUGAGAGUGGAGACUCAUCUUCAGGUUUACACCAAAAAACCUUCUGACAAUGAUAAAUUCAAAACUGGGGUGGAAGGAAAUGUGAAAGAGGAGGUUGAAAAGAUUGAAACAAAGGAGUUCAUAAUUGGGAGGCUUCCGGUCAUGGUAGGAUCUGACAUAUGCUGGAUAAAAGGAGAUACCAAGUCUGAUUGUGAGUUUGACCAUGGUGGAUAUUUCAUUAUUAAGGGUGCUGAAAAGACGUUCAUUGCACAGGAGCAGAUCUGCUUGAGAAGACUUUGGAUCUCGAGUAGUCCCAGCUGGAUAGUAGCUUAUCGCCCAGUUUCAAAAAGUAAAAGAGUUUAUCUGAAACUGGUAGACAAUGACUGUGGAGGGCCGAAAAUCCUUACUGUUUACUUCCUUGUGGCUGAAAUGCCGGUGUGGAUAUUAUUUUUUGCCCUUGGUGCAUCAUCUGAUAAAGAAAUUGUUGAUCUUAUCGAUUUGGACAUCAAGGACACAAAUAUAUCCAACAUUAUCAUAGCAUCGAUUUAUCAUGCUGACAAGACUUGUGAAGGCUUCCGCAAAAAUAAGAAUGCUCUCCGUUAUGUGGAGAGUCUUAAAGAGAAAAGCAGAUUUCCACCGAAAGAAACCAUUGAAGAUUUAUUCAGCGAGUUACUUUUUCCAAGCUUAAAGGGCUUUAAGCAGAAGGCUCGCUUUCUCGGUUAUAUGGUGAAAUGUCUGUUGGAAGCCUAUACUGGCAAGAGAAAAGUUGAUAACAGAGACGAUUUCAGAAACAAGAGACUCGAGUUGGCUGCUGAGCUUCUUGAGCGGGAGUUGAAGGUCCACCUUAAACAUGCUGAAAGACGAAUGAUCAAGUUCAUGCAGAAAGAUCUUUAUGGAGAUAAGGAAGUGCAAACUGUUGAUCACUACUUGGAUGCUUCAAUCAUUAGUAAUGGUCUCUCCCGGGCCUUUUCCACUGGGGCAUGGGUUCAUCCGUACAAGAAAAUGGAAAGGGUUUCUGGUGUGGUUGCCACUCUUAGGCGAACAAAUCCAUUGCAGGCAACUGCUGACAUGAGGAGAACCAGGCAACAGGUUACAUAUACUGGGAGGGUUGGUGAUGCUAGAUAUCCGCAUCCUUCACACUGGGGAAAGGUAUGUUUCCUGUCCACUCCAGAUGGAGAAAAUUGUGGGCUUGUGAAAAAUUUGGCCAGUUUGGGACUAGUUACUACAGCAGUAUCAGAAUCUCUACUCAGCAAGUUCAAUGACAUUGGCAUGAAAGAGUUAAUGGAUAAUACUUCAUCUAUGCAACAUGGAGAGUACAAAAUUUUUGUAGAUGGAAACUGGGUUGGAACUUGCGCAGAUUCAGAAAGUUUUGUAGCAACUCUGAGGAGUAUGCGCCGCGACAAGGAAAUCAACCAGCAGGUGGAAAUCAAAAGAGAUGAAUUGCAUGGAGAAGUUCGGAUAUUUUCUGAUGCUGGAAGAAUUCUUCGCCCUCUUCUAGUUGUUGAUAAUCUUAGGAAAAUUAAAGAUCUUAAAGGUGGCAGCUUUUGCUUUCAGACUCUUUUGGACAAUGGGAUAGUUGAGCUUAUUGGACCAGAAGAGGAAGAAGAUUGUGUUGCCGCAUGGGGACUUGAAUGCCUGCUGAGGGCAAGUCAAGAGGACCCACCCAGAAAGUAUACACAUUGUGAACUUGACAUGUCAUUCUUGUUGGGUUUGAGUUGUGGUAUUAUCCCAUUCGCAAAUCAUGAUCAUGCACGUAGAGUCCUUUAUCAGUCCGCUAAGCAUUCUCAGCAGGCCAUAGGUUUUUGCACCACAAAUCCAAACAUAAGGGUGGAUACAAAUAUUCAUCAACUGUACUAUCCUCAGAGGCCUCUUUUCCGAACCAUGCUUUCAGAUUCUCUCGGGAAACCCUCAGAUCCUCGUCAUAAGGGCAUGUUGGCACGCCCUGAGUACUACAAUGGGCAAUGUGCUAUAGUAGCAGUUAAUGUGCACAUGGGGUACAACCAGGAGGACUCCUUAGUGAUGAAUCGAGCUUCACUAGAACGUGGCAUGUUUCGUUCUGAACAUAUAAGAUCCUAUAAGGCGGAGGUAGAUGAGCAGGAUGCGUCGGCAAAGAUGCAAAAGUCUGUGGAUGCUGUUAAGUUUGGAAAGACACAAAGUAAAAUUGGGCGUGUUGACAGCCUUGAUGAUGAUGGUUUUCCAUUUAUUGGUGCUAGUCUUCAAACAGGUGACAUAGUCAUUGGGAAGUAUGCGGAAUCGGGUGCGGACCAUAGUGUUAAACUCAAGCACACUGAAAGAGGCAUUGUGCAGAAGGUUAUCUUGUCUGCUAAUGAUGAUGGCAAGAACUUUGCUGCGGUAUCCUUGAGACAGGUAUCAUUUAUUUUACAGCUAUUAGGAUGGUACACUGUAAUAAUGAGUCCAAGAAAACAUUUUUGUACUGAAUUUCGAAUAACUCAAUGACUUCAAUUGUCAACUGCAUGGAAUGUAUGCUGCUUGGAUGAUUCUGUUGCUUGAUCAUUAGAUCUAUUUGAGAUCAUUUUUUUUGCCUCAACUUUUCUUCUCUGCCAAUUGCCUAGUGCGUGUUACUUGUGUAGGUUCGUUCACCAUGUCUGGGAGACAAAUUCUCAAGUAUGCAUGGACAAAAAGGUGUUCUUGGUUUCCUCGAGUCUCAGGAGAACUUUCCCUUCACGGUGCAAGGCAUUGUCCCAGACAUUGUGAUCAACCCACAUGCAUUUCCUUCACGACAAACUCCUGGACAACUGUUGGAGACUGCUUUGGCUAAGGGGAUUGCACUUGGUGGAUUUCAAAAAUAUGCCACCCCAUUUUCCGCUGCAACAGUUGAUGUCAUAACAGACCAGCUUCACAGGUUAUUCCAGCAAUCCUGUAACAUCGCAUGCUCCUAUUCAGCUAUAUCUGUUUACGCUCUUGUGAUUUGCUUCCAUUUUAAAUUACUAACUGUGUCGGAAGAUUAUAUUCUGGCAGCCUUGGAUUUUCAAGAUGGGGAAACGAGAGAGUGUACGACGGACGGACUGGUGAAAUGGUUAGCCACCUUAUCUUCAUGGGGCCAACAUUUUAUCAACGGCUCACUCACAUGGCAGAAGACAAAGUGAAGUUUCGAAAUACUGGACCUGUUCACCCACUCACCCGUCAGCCCGUGGCAGACAGAAAGCGUUUUGGUGGGAUUAAAUUUGGUGAGAUGGAGAGGGAUUGUCUCAUAGCCCAUGGUGCUUCUGCUAACCUGCAUGAGCGCCUCUUCACACUGAGUGAUUGCUCGCAGAUGUACAUCUGCCGCCAGUGCAAACACAUGGCGAAUGUGAUUCAGAGACCACUGCUUGGUGGGCGUAAGCUUCGUGGCCCAUAUUGCCGGAAUUGUGAAUCUGCCGAGAACAUUGUUAAGGCUAGUGUCCCCUAUGGCGCCAAGUUGCUUUGUCAGGAGCUUUUUAGCAUGGGCAUAUCUCUUAAAUUCGACACAGAGCUAAACUGAGGGUUUGGAUUAUCUUCUCGGGUCUUCCACCGCAAUCUGGCGAGUGUUGCUAUAAGAAAGCUUGGACAGGGAAGUAAGGGUUCGUUGCUUGAGUUCAAUCAUGGCUAAAUGAGAGGUAAGUGAGGAAGAAGAAGAUCUGGAAGGGGUUGUCCGGGUUGAAUCAGUUUUUGUGCCCUGGGCUGGAGUGCAUAUUUUGUUCAGUACCAACUUUAGGGUAAAACAGUAUCUAUUGUGCUCAGAAUCAUCUGUGUAUAUAUACGUAAUGCUCGUGCGGGAGCUGUAGACAAUGAUCCAACUUUUUUUCCGCUGGUUUUGGGUUGCAUCUGGUAACAUGCAGCUUCGAAACUUGUUUAACAGAUGCUUUGUUCUAAAUUUUCGCUUUAGAUUCGUGAGUACAUCCUUCAUUUGAAUGCGCAAAACAGAAAUUCCUCCAAGAACAAUCGCAUGAAUAACGAU